AUGUGGUUCAAUUAUUCUUCAAUUCUUGAUCCAAAUCUUUCUCCUGAUGAUCCAUUAUUUUGGAAUCGUCCAACACCAGUUGAUUGUAAUAUGAUUCGUAUUGUUGGCAUAUUUUUAUGUAUUGCUAUGUUGAUUGGUAUUGUUUUCAAUGGAGGUCUACUUUACAGUUUUAUACGAUACAGGGCUCUUCGUUCACCAUCAAAUAUAUUCGUUAUGUUUAUUGUCGUAAUGGGCCUUUUUGCUUCAUGCACAAUUCUUCCAAUGACAGGUACAUCGUCAAUUUAUUGCCAAUGGUUAUAUCAACGUGCAGGUUGCAAAUUAAGCGCUAUCAUUGCAUAUUUAUAUGGAUGUUCAAGCUCGUAUUUACUCUGUGGAGCAAGUAUUAGUCGAUGUUAUAUUAUUGCUCGACCAUUUCAAGCUAAAAAUGCUACUGUGAAACAUAGUGUCAUUAUUUCCAGUCUUGUCGUGCUUGUUGCUUUUAUUUGGACUAUGUUACCAGUAAUGGGAUGGAAUGAAUAUACAAUGGAGGGAACUCGUACUUCGUGCUGUAUUAAUUGGUACGAUCGACGUCCUUCUUAUGUUGCAUUCAUUUUUUUUCUUUUCAUUGUUGUCUAUUGUAUUCCAUUAAUAAUACUAAUUGUUGCAAAUACAGUUACUUGGCUUGGACUUAAACAAAUGCAUGAAAAAAUAAAAAAUGGUUUUCAGACAGUAUUUAAUCAAAGACGAAUUGAAAUGGAACGACGCAUUCUUAAAAUUAUUAUAAUUACGACUAUUGGUUUUAUUUUUACAUGGACUCCUUAUGCAGUGGCAUUUUUUCUUUCAGCAUUUCGAGGUAAAGAUUAUGCCUUACCACCAAUGACCAUUUUCGUUUGUGCUUGUUUUGCUAAAACAUCAAUUAUAUGGAUUCCAAUGUUCUAUGCUAAUACAUCAACUCAAUUUCAAUUAAGUUUUGUUAAUCAAGAUGCAUUAGAUCAACCAACAGGAAGUACACGAGUAGGUGCAGCACUAUUAACUGAUGAAUUACUAUUAACUCGCAAAAAUAAUGAAAUACCACUGAAUCCUGUUACUGACCACAUGUGUGACAAAACUAUCGUUACUAAAAAUCAUUAA